UCGCUGAUGGCCGAAAGUCGAAUCUGCGACUGGGUCACAAAGGAUUAAAAAACAGAAGAACUUUACCACGGUCAGACCGUGGACUUUUUACGAUACCGUACAAUCACUUACACCUACGUUUACGCAAUUAUAAAGCAGGCUUAAAUGGAAUGGAAAAAAAGAUGGACACCUUAACAUUAGGCUCACAUAGAUUGGUUCAUCUUGAUUUAAAGGGCGCACCAUUACGGACUUGUUACUUUGAAAAGCUCUUUCCAUUACUGCGAACAUGGGGAGCUACUGGAUUAUUGUUGGAAUGGGAAGAUACAUUUCCUUACAAUCGAGAACUCUCACCAAUAGGAAGCAACGGACCAAGCAGCUUAGCAAGUGGAUAUUCAGUUCAAGAAGCUGGACACAUCCUGCAAAUAGCAGGUGAUUGUGGCUUGGCAGUUGUUCCAUUGGUACAAACUUUUGGUCAUAUGGAGUUUAUUCUGAAACACGAUGAAUGGAGAUCAUUGCGGGAAGUAGAAGCUUUUCCAAGUUCCAUCUGUCCAUCAAAUCCGAGAACUCUCCCACUGGUCAAAUCAUUAAUACGUCAGAUUGUUAAUUUGCAUCCUGACAUACAAUAUUUACAUAUAGGUUCUGAUGAAGUAUGGCACUUAGGCCUUUGUUCAGUUUGCACUAAACGAGCUGCAGCCAGUAAAUAUGGCAAAUCUGCAUUGUACUUGGAACAUAUUUUGGCAAUAGCUCAAUAUAUUCAAGAAACUUAUCCAUAUUUAAAGAUUAUCAUUUGGGAUGAUAUGUUAAGAUCAAUAGAUUUACAGAUUUUGAAUGAACAUUACAUUGGAAAAUAUGUAGAACCCAUGGUAUGGCAUUACAAUCCCAGAGAUAAUUUUGCAUUGCCUAUUGGACUAUGGGAUAAAUACAGCACAGUCUUUCCCAAUAUCUGGAUAGCAACUGCAUUCAAAGGGGCUACUGGUUCCACACAACAUAUACCUGUAAUUCGACAUCAUAUAAGUAAUCAUGAAAAAUGGUUAGAAGAAUUAGCAAUUCAUGUGAAUAAGGUACAUGAGUUUCGAGGUGCAGCAUUUACUGGCUGGUCAAGAUAUGAUCAUUAUGCUACGAUGUGUGAAUUGUUGCCCACAGCUAUACCAUCAUUAGCUUUAUGUCUAAAGGUUUGGCUCUAUGGUUAUUCAGAGGAAACACAUGCACAAGUUGCAAAAAGCUUAGGAUAUAUUGAUCAUCCAUUGCAUAUAAUACCACAACCUAGACCAAUUCCAAUACCUAGUAAUUUGCUUUUUCCUGGAUGGGAAAUAGCUGUGGGUAUGGAGUGGUUUCUUAAUUUUAAGACGAAAUUUCACAAUAUUGUUGUCAGCGAUCAAAUUAUGACGUGGAUGAAUCCAUGGCAAGUGGCAAAUAAUUACACGAAUUCCAUGCAAUUGGAGAAUUUGAUACCUACUUUUACAGAGUUAUUAUUAGAAUUGUCUUCCUUGGAGGGCUAUCUACGAGUUCAAAUGGAAGCGACUUUUUUCUCGGCAAUGAUUGAAGAAUGGUUAGGUACCAAUAUUCAACCAUUAAAAGUAAAAUUAAUAGAACUAAAACAGACAACAGAGAAUCAGCUAAAAAUAAAUAAUCGUGUGUAGUAUUUUUUCACUUAUAAAAUUAGCAUUCAAUUUCGAAUUAUCCAUGAUAUCCAUGAUAUGAAAUAAAGCAAUUACGAAAAGUUCCAUCUAAAAUGAUAAUGAUUAGAUAAUUGUUUCUUGAAUGUAGAGAAAAAUUAUUUUUAUAUAUGCUAAGUUAUUGCAUAUAAAAUAAGAUAUGGUCUACUGCUUAAACAUUAGCAUAUUUUUAAACAGAAUAAUUGAAUAAUAAAUAUAUAGUUUUUUGAAAAAAA